AUGGAAUAUUAUUCGGUUUUUAUAAGAACAGCUAUAUUCAGCAACUUCAAAGGCACGUGGUUUCUCCGGCGCCCAUUGUCAUGGCUAAGAAUAAGAAGUGAUGGUUCUGGUAGAAAAGUGCGAAGCGGCAUUGCUUGGUGUGCAGCAACCGCUGCUGCAAAUGAGGGACAACUGUUUUCUCCAUAUAGAGCCGAGAGCGUGUACUUCAGCCGGUCUCCACGUCACUUCGGCUCCGAGUUCCAAGUCUGCGACCACAAGAGCACCACAGUGAAGAUACGAGGCGGGCGGACUUCGCUGCUAGCACGCGCUUCACAAGUGCAUCCAGUCUUGCUGAUGGCAGCGGGAGGUGAAAGAUUCCCCUAUGCAGCUGUCCCUCUUCGAAGAACAUAG